AUGUUGAAGUGCGAUGUGUGUAAAAAUGAAAGCUUUGAAAAAUUUGACGGGUAUAUGUAUUGUACAGAAUGUCAUACUCAAUCGCAGGAGUAUAUCGAACAAGAAUUUGAAUUUCACGGUGCUACUUUUGUAAAAAGUAGACCUAGCAAAAAAGUAAAUAAAUCGUCAAAAAAUAAUACUACUGUAAUUGAAGGAACGUGGACAUCAUGGGAAGCUUUCAAUUAUAUUUUAUAUGGGAUGACAAAAGAAUUAAGUGACUGUUUUCCUUUGCCAUCCGAAUUUCAAUCUCUAGUCUUAAAAUUAUGGGCAGCAUAUUUAAAAGCUUGUAAUGUUGCUUUUACUUCUAAAUAUAGUGAAACCAAACCUAAAUUACAAUUCGAUAAAAUCGUCUCUGAGCUCGAGAGCAAUGAUUAUGAGGCACAUUUAUCACAGUCAAUGCUAUCCCAACAAAGUUUAGAAAAUGAAACUUUAGAAUCGUUAGGAAGAUCAACUUUAAUUGAUGAUGAUGAUGAUGAUAAUAAAUCCAUGUCUCUGUAUAAUAAGAAAAACAAAAAAUUAUUAAAACAAGUUUUGGAUGAUGAUGAAUAUGUUUUGUACAAACAAUCAUUGAAAUCUAACAGAGACAAAAUAAAUGCUAAAGGUCAAUCGAAAAACAGUAUCAAAUCAAUGGGUAAAAAUAAACUAUUAUCCAUAUUACAUUUAGCUUUAUUAAUGUCGAAAAGUAAAAUUCAACUCUGUGAUUUAUUUAGAGAAAGUCAUUUAUCUUUUGCCAAAGUAACACAUUUUUUACCUGAAAAUUAUAAAUUUUCAAAAAGAGAUGUAGGUUAUAUUGAAAUAGUUUCCGAUACUUUAAUGCCGACUCAUUUUAAACAGAGGUAUCUGACGAGUAAAUUAGCAAAUUUAAUUGGAAUUAAAGAAAUUUAUUCUCCAAACAUGUCUUCACUUGUGCAAAGAUAUUGUAAAGAUUUAAAUUUACCAGGUAAAAUCAGUAAAUUAAGUAAAAUCAUUGUCGAAAAAUUUGUUCCGAAAGUUUUUGAACCGAAAUCAUCAUCAUCAUCAUCUGUACCAAGUUAUGAAGCUUGUGCUAUUGCAUCAAUAUUAUUCAUAAUGAAAUUAUUAUUCGGUUUAAAUGACAGAACUGAAAUAUUUUUAACAGAUUUGGCUGAAAACAUUAACAGAACCGUUACAAAAUCCAAAGUAUUAUUUGUAUUUGAAAGAUGGCAAAAAUUUAUUGAAUGUAGAAAAGUAUUAUUGAAAGAGUAUCACUACCCGACUCACGAACAACUCGAAAGAGGAGAAUUGAAAAGUUCUAAAAUGUUUUUAAACGCUUUAUAUAGGGAAAGCAAAGAUGAUUUCCGGGAAUCCAGGUUUAUUCCAUACAAAAAGUACUACAUGGAUGGGGAUUUAAUAAGUAACAUAAAAUCAAUGUUGAGCGAAAUUUUAGAACCCAUAGAAAUAGAUUCGAUAAAUUUUCAACCUUCGUUGACUCCACAAACCUCUCAUUUGAAUGCGAUCAUACUCUCGUUUAAAAGUUGUAAAAUUGAUUUCACGUUUAAUCCCCGUAACUACGUGAAAAUAUUAGAAAAGGAUGAAAAUUUCGAAUCCGUGAUAAACAAAUUGAGAUUUUACAAAGAUUUCGUUAAUAAAGAUAAUGAAAUGGAAAUCGGUUCGAAAAGGAUCGGGAGCCCGAGUUCGAAUUAUUGGAUUUAUCACGAUGUCGAUAUAAAAAGAAUUUCACAUUGUGAUUUCGAAGGGCAUUUUUUAAAUUUCACACCGAAAAAUUUCCAAUGGCUCACGAUCGAAUGUUCGAGAAUGAUCGAAAUGAAAAUACGUGACGUAUACGGUGAGCUAAUGACACUUGAAAAAUUUUUUAUUACGAAAAAAUAA